AUGUUGCUCGACGAGGAUCCUGGUACUCUCAUUCACCACACGAUCGGCAACUUCAAUAUCCACCCGGAUAAACAAGCCGUCACACGCAUCAAUGACUCUCUUGCCACGCUCCAGCAGUCGCGCGACCUGCGCAUUCGAGAGGCCGAGUCCUCUUUACGGAAACUUGGUCGCCAGCUCAACUCGCUGAGCGCCCAACACGAAGAGGCCGUGGCAGUGCACGAUUCCAGCAAACAUGCCGAAGAAAUCGUCCAGCUGGACACCAAGAAAUUUCGAAUCGCCAAGGCAGCCACCGAACUCGAGGUCGAAAGCGAGCACCUGGAAUCACAGGGUCUCGAGGGCGAUGAGACCACGCGCCGUGAGCGCGAGGCGGAUGAUGCGACAAUACUGCGACUUAAGAUCUUCCGUUCUUUGGGAGUCGAUAUUGAGCCUGAUGAGGCCGGAAACUUCAAUCGAGCGGUUAUUCGCAAUAGUCGCAAGGGUGAUGUGCAUGUCGUGAACAUUGACCCCAAGUUCUCCCGCUUUUUCUACGCCAACUAUUUCUGGUCCACCAUGCAGGGUUAA